GUGCUCAACCCCAUCCGUUCCCCUCCCCCGACCCCGAGCGGUCAAGCGCCGCCUCCGGCAGCUGCCGUCGUCGACCACCUCCUGGUGCUGCGGUCGUCAACCACCUCGCCGUAGACCACGAAGCCGUAGUACUGGAGUGAAGGAGGAGAAGAGGAGGGAGCGCAGCGCGAGCAGCUGCCCGCCGUCGAGUUGAGGGUCGGCCGCCGCCGUCUCCACCUGUCCGUCGUCGACCACCUCCUCGCCGUCUUGCUGCUGUCGAUCAGAGAUGACCACGAAGCUGGAGGAGGGGGAGGAUGUGCCUGCAACUGCACGCCGUCUCCCCUACACCUGUUCGAUCUCCUCUGUCCUCUCCUCUGUUUUAUCCUAUCUCUGACAGAGGUAUUCAGUGCCAAAAUUUUCAACAAUUAGUACCGAAUUGUUAGCAGUUCGCACUGAUCUAUUGAGUGUUGAAUACACCAUUGUUAGCAGUAGGUACUGAAUUCCAAAAUUUUCGUUUAUCAUCUUUCGUCCAUUCUUCAGCUUGUCAUUGUAAACCUAUUGCAAAACUUGCUUACUUACUGUCGAUUCCAUCGUCUUUCGAAACAAAGAUUCGUAAUGUUCAAAAUUUGUCUCAUAUAUGCUGUAUUCUUGGUCCAUUUGCUUUACAGAAUAUAAAAGGACGACUAAACAGUGGCUAAACAGAGUCAAAAACCUCCCAGCGCACUCCCAGGAUACAUAUACAGUCGGUCCAGUCGGUCGUCUCGGUCUUGACCGAGCUUUGCUGCAGCCGGUCCGGUCCUGAAAAUAUGGACCGCCAGCCACUUCGGUCCGGUCCGGACCGGACCGGCCGCGGCCGGUCCAAAGCAUGGCUCGGUCAGGGAUCGGACCGGACCGGACCGUGUCCACCCUGCCUGUAGCCCCAGGCGUGGCCCAACUAGCACCUGUAGUAUAGAAGCAAAUUUUUGAGAAUUCGAGAUAGAUAGAAGAUUAGCCCCAGGCUUCACGUAAAGGGCUUCAGGCCAUUAGCCCAAGUCAAGUCGAUCGAUCGAACUGAAAAUCAAUGGCGCAGUACGUCGAUGCUUCGAUCUGUCGUUCGUUUGCCAAGGAAAAAAAACCUCUCCCGAUCAAGAAACCCUCGCCUAGUUGCCGCCGCCCUCGUCAGUCGUCAACCGCCUUUCCCCGCCUGCUGCCGCGCCGCCGCCCGGUCCGGCGUCCUGACCACCUGCCUCUCCUUCUUCUGAUUUUCUCGAAGUAUUCCUAAAUUACAAUGCACGCACACACUGCCCUACAGCGGCACAGGUAAUACGGUAUUGCUCAAUUAAUUAGAAAUCCUUCUAUAUCAUCAGCCAUUCCAGCAAUUAAUUUUUUCUAAAUCUGUAUCAUCUAAUUAGUUGAGUAUCUUCAACAAUACUCAACUCAGUAUCGUCUAAUUAUUUUCCCUAGUUCCUUUUAUAUCAUGCAAACUCGAUGAAUUGGUGGUGUUAAAUCAUAUUACAUAGUUCUUAUUUCAUUGUUGUUAGGAGAUUACAAGUCCAAAAUGAAGAGGACCGGUACAAUUUAAUCUUUCCAAUCAGUUGAGCGUGAUGUACUUACAAGCAUUGAUGAUAUUAAUAUUAUACAAUGCUAUCAAAAAAAAGAGGAAACGCAAGGGGUACUACCUCGUGGACUUUGCGUAAAUGAUCCAGGCCCUUCUAGCUACUAUUGCCGGUGAAGAAAUGAUGGACUUGAAUUAAGGAAGUCUUCGGUAAUUUGGUACCAAACCAUGUUUGCAAUGAUGCACUUUGUUUAACUAUUUGUUUUUACGGAAUUUCCUCUCGUGAUAGUAAUGGAUUUAUAUUUCGUUUUGAAUGUGAUUUUAUGCUAUACUUAUAACACACGUUGGUGUGUGUGGUAUUAAUUUGACGAUAUAUUUAGUUGGUUAGUUUUAGCUCCAAGCUUUGAGAAAUCCUGGCUCUGCCUCUGGCAAUGACUAACACAAGUCUGAUGGUUGCAGCUUUCACUACAGAACUAAAAGUGUCCUCAUAAUCAAUAUCAUAAUGUUUCUUAAAGCCCUUUGCAACUAGACCUGCUUUAUACCUAUCAAUGAAGCCAUCUGCCUUCUUUUUAAUUCUAUACACCCAUUAAAUCAAAGAGGUAAACAUAUCAUUGAUUGCAAAUAAUCUACAGCUUCCUGGGCACCAAGACAAUCACCCACCGCCCAAGCGUCCUACACGGGGUCAGGCUAUUAUGUACACCUUUGGCAGAGAGGCUCUGUCGAGAAGGAAGCGCCCCGAUGUUUUCCCUCCGGCUCCUAUUUAUCUACUCUGUCGAGAAGGAAGCGUCCCGGUGCCGCCCGCGCCCACCGGAGCUGCUCGGCGCGCCAAAAUCGCACGCAUCCGGUCUUCGUUGCCGGAGCCGCAACGGAACCAGACGAGGUAUGCCCCCAGCAGAAAUGCGUUGUGGACGCGUACUUCGAGUGGCGCCACGAGGAGCAGAUCGCUGCUACCAACGGCGUCGAGCCCCCGCGGCCGCCACAACUCCGAGGGGCGGUGCCGAUGGCGGGGCGUCCCAGGCUGCACCCUCGAGGCAGUCCUCGACCACAUCGAGGCUGGCAACACGCCGCGCCUGGAUUACUUGGCGCCCCCCUCCUUCUCUCGCCACCGCGGCAGCUCCUGGACGUCGAGGCGCAUGGAGACGGCGAUCUCGUCGUCAUCGGGCUCUGGCUCUCUUUCCUCCGGCUCGCUGGCGCUUCGCCCCAUCAAGCCGGGGCCGCAGGAGACGCCACUUGGGCGCUGCACCGGCGGCGGCGCCCUCGUCAUCAACGAGGGCGUCCACCCCUCUCGUUCUUCCUACCGCCUCGUCAGGCCGAAGACCGAGCCGUAUUUGCUCCCCGUGAAGGAGCACGAGACCAUGGCCGCCGCCGACGAGACCGCCCUCAACUGGGCUAAGGAAGACUAUGUCCGCGAGCAGAUGGAGCGCUAGCGUCGGGCCUUGGAGGAGAUCGUCGCUCGGCGCCGCGGACGCGAGGAGGGCGGCGUCGUCAUCCUCGACAGCGACGACGAGGAAGCUCCCGGGCCGUCCAACCCCCCGCGCAUCGGUAACGCUGGUCAGGGGAGCAGCAGGGACGGUAGCGAUAGCCAGCACGGCGGCGACGAUGACGGCGGUGACUAUACCCGGUUCUACAAGCUCCUCGGCAUGUAGAAGGCGGGAGGCGGCGGUGGCUGGGCGUAGUUGUCGUUUUUAGUUUGUGUUUUUAAGUUUUUGUACAAAUAUCAAUGAAAUCGCUUAGUUUGGACGAAAUUGUGUCAUGUUUGGCCGAUUUUAUGUUUUAAAAAAUGGCGUCUAAGGGCGACCUGAGGGCGGUGGCUGGGAACCCAAUCGGCCCCAAUGCCGAAAUUAUCGCCGGUUCGCCCCCAGGAGGCGCUAUCUCAAAUCCCCUGGAGGGCCGAAUGGCUGAAGAUGCUCUAACAGGUUGACAAGGAUGAGGAUCCUUACCAGAAUGAGAGGAGGUAUGAAGAGUUUUGUGAAGCUAGAAUGAAGCUUCCACUCGGAUAUGAGUUGUGCGCCGUAUGUUUUUUUUGAAGAGCCCUGGAGAAAUGCAUCACUACCGCGUGGAGAUGUAAGUCAGUUGGCGCCCCUUCGUUCAGUGCGUGGCCCCCAACCGCGGUGGUCAUCAGGCUGGCUCGGGGUCUUC